AUGAAGACAUUAAUUAUUUUUAUACCAGAAAAAUUUUAUAUGAAGCAACCAGGAUAUAUAUAUGGUAAUGUUGUACAUGACAAUGAUAAAGAUAUUAGCAAGUUUUAUGUUCUUGGUUUAACGAAACUAAAUAAAAGUAAUACUGAAUCUAGUAAUACCCUUGUAACUCUUGGUUAUUUUUAUGGAACUGAAAUUAAGAACGAAUACUGUGAUAAAAAACUUCCAAACUGGAUAGAAUUAUAUGUUUUAUCUUACUAUAAUUUAAAUUAUGAGUAUGGUAUAUGCAAUAUUAUGAUACAAAAUCAGAAAAUACUUCCAUUUGGUUGUCAUACAGUCAUUAUAUUAUAUGACAAGUGUUCUAUAUUAAGAGCAGAAUUAUAUAUUGACAAAAGUCUACAAGAUAAUUUUUCAGAAUUAAGGACUAUUCUCAAUAAAGAGUCUAUACAAAGAAAUCAUGAUAAAUUGCAGAUUGACUGGUUUGCACGUAUUAAAAACUCAAUUUUCAUUAUAGUUGUGCUUACUUUUCUUUAUCCUACAACCUGGAUUUAUAGAAUUACUAGUAAAAUCAGUCCCAUUUUAAAGUAUUCAUCUUUAGGCUUGCACAUAAUGUCUUGGCUUAAAACUGCCCAAUGGACUUUAUCAACACUUUUAGAAGGGAAAAGAUUUACAUUAAAGAUAAUUAACUAUAUUAUAGCUGUGAUUAUAGAUAUCUUAUUAGGUCUUUUAUUAUUAAAAUUACUUCUUAAUUUUCUUAGUGAUUCUUCUCCGUCUGAAGUAUUACUUUUUUAUGCUGAGAAAGUGGUAGAAUCUUUAAAAGAACUUGUAAAUUGGCUUAUGGGAUCACCAGCUGGUUUAAAGUUAAAUCAUUCUUUCAACAACAUACUUGGAAAAUUUUUUCUUUAUCAUAUUCAUCUUUGGUCAUCUUUUCUUAUAGUUUCAAAGCCACUGAUGGAAUUAGCUUUUGAAGUUCUUUUAUUCAUUGGUAGAUUAGGUAUUACUUUUCAAAUUUCUAUCAUUGCUGAUCUCUUUGCUCUUAUAAGUUUUCAUACUUAUUGCAUUUACAUUUAUGCUGCAAGGUUGUUUAAUAUACAAAUUAGUGGACUAAUAGCACUUUUUCGUUUGUUUCUUGGGAAAAAAAAAAAUCCUUUAAGAAAAAGAGUUGAUUCUUGUCGAUAUCAACCGGAUCAGCUAUUUGUUGGUACUCUACUCUUUACAAUUCUUUUAUUUUUAAUGCCAACUACAUGGGUUUAUUACAUUGUUUUCACAACACUUAGACUUACAAUGAUUGGUCUUGAUGGUUUUUUAACAAGAUUAAAAUUUUAUAUGCAAAUUAUACCUAUCUAUGGCUUUCUUCGAUGGCUGUUUUGCACUGCUGAUGCAACUGGUUCAAUUGGAAUUAAAUUAAUGAAUAGGCAAGCUAAAGGGCCAAUAAUGUUGAAAACAAAAACUAUUAUUGCACCUUGGAGUGAGACUUGGAAAAAAUCAAUUCCUGAUACUAUUAAUAUUCAUCCACCUAUAGAAUGGAGUAAAAUAGCCAGUAAUAUAUUUUGGGGACAAUUACUUUAUCCGUUCUAAUAAGUAUUUAUAAUUAUAUUAAUUUAUUUUUUAAGUAACUCCAUUAUAUUAAAUAAAAAUUACCUUACAUCAAAUGUUUGAUGAG